AUGGCGACCGAGGGAAUGAUCCUCACUAACCACGACCAUCAAAUCCGUGUCGGAGUCCUCACAGUGAGUGAUAGUUGCUUCAGGAAUCUUGCAGAAGAUCGCAGUGGGAUAAAUCUCAAAGAUCUCGUACAAGAUCCUUCUUUGUUGGGUGGGACUAUAUCAGCAUACAAGAUAGUACCAGAUGAAAUAGAAGAAAUCAAGGAAACCCUGAUAGAUUGGUGUGAUGAAAAGGAACUUAAUUUGAUAUUAACAACUGGAGGAACAGGGUUUGCACCACGAGAUGUCACUCCAGAGGCCACAAAAGAAGUAAUAGAACGGGAAGCGCCAGGGAUGGCCCUGGCAAUGCUGAUGGGAUCACUUAAUGUUACACCUCUGGGCAUGCUCUCUAGGCCUGUAUGUGGAAUCAGAGGUAAAACUCUCAUAAUUAACCUGCCAGGUAGCAAGAAAGGAUCUCAGGAAUGCUUUCAGUUUAUACUGCCAGCUCUACCUCAUGCCAUUGACCUUUUACGUGAUGCCAUUGUAAAAGUAAAGGAAGUGCAUGAUGAACUUGAAGAUUUACCUUCCCCACCACCUCCUCUUUCCCCUCCUCCCACAACUAGCCCCCAUAAGCAGACAGAAGACAAAGGGGUUCAAUGUGAGGAAGAGGAAGAAGAGAAGAAAGACAGUGGUGUUGCUUCAACAGAGGAUAGUUCUUCAUCACAUAUAACUGCAGCAGCCAUUGCUGCCAAGAAGCAUCCAUUCUACACCAGUCCAGCUGUUAUCAUGGCACACGGUGAGCAGCCCAUUCCUGGUCUCAUCAAUUAUUCCCAUCAUGCAACAGACAGUACAGAUGAACGGAUUCCAGAUUCCAUCAUUUCUCGUGGUGUUCAGGUGCUCCCACGAGACACAGCCUCCCUCAGCACUACUCCUUCAGAAUCGCCUCGUGCUCAGGCUACAUCUCGCCUUUCUACAGCUUCCUGCCCAACACCAAAAGUCCAGUCCAGGUGCAGCAGCAAGGAGAACAUUCUCAGAGCCAGUCACAGUGCUGUCGAUAUCACCAAGGUGGCUAGAAGACACCGCAUGUCUCCUUUUCCUCUAACAUCUAUGGACAAAGCCUUCAUCACAGUCCUGGAGAUGACUCCGGUGCUUGGGACAGAAAUCAUCAACUACCGAGAUGGAAUGGGGCGAGUCCUUGCUCAAGAUGUGUAUGCAAAAGACAACCUACCCCCCUUUCCAGCAUCAGUAAAAGAUGGCUAUGCUGUCCGAGCUGCCGAUGGCCCAGGAGAUCGUUUCAUCAUUGGGGAAUCCCAAGCUGGUGAACAGCCGACUCAGACAGUAAUGCCAGGACAAGUCAUGCGGGUUACAACAGGUGCUCCAAUCCCCUGCGGUGCUGAUGCAGUAGUACAAGUAGAAGAUACCGAACUAAUCAGGGAAUCCGAUGAUGGCACUGAGGAACUUGAAGUACGAAUUCUGGUGCAAGCUCGGCCAGGCCAAGAUAUCAGACCCAUCGGCCAUGACAUUAAAAGAGGGGAAUGCGUUUUGGCCAAAGGAACCCAUAUGGGCCCCUCAGAGAUUGGUCUUCUGGCAACUGUAGGCGUCACAGAGGUUGAAGUUAAUAAGUUUCCAGUUGUUGCAGUCAUGUCAACAGGGAAUGAGCUGCUAAAUCCUGAAGAUGACCUCUUACCAGGAAAGAUUCGAGACAGCAAUCGUUCAACCCUCUUAGCAACAAUUCAGGAACAUGGUUACCCCACAAUCAACUUGGGAAUUGUGGGAGACAACCCAGAUGACUUACUCAAUGCCUUGAAUGAGGGUAUCAGUCGUGCUGAUGUCAUCAUCACAUCAGGGGGUGUAUCCAUGGGGGAAAAGGACUAUCUCAAGCAGGUGCUGGACAUUGAUCUUCAUGCUCAGAUCCAUUUUGGCAGGGUUUUUAUGAAACCAGGCCUGCCAACAACAUUUGCAACCUUGGAUAUUGAUGGUGUAAGAAAAAUAAUCUUUGCACUACCAGGGAAUCCUGUGUCAGCCGUGGUCACCUGCAACCUCUUUGUUGUGCCUGCACUGAGAAAGAUGCAGGGCAUCUUGGAUCCUCGGCCAACCAUCAUCAAAGCCAGGUUAUCAUGUGAUGUCAAACUGGAUCCUCGCCCAGAAUACCAUCGCUGUAUAUUGACUUGGCAUCACCAAGAACCACUGCCUUGGGCACAGAGCACAGGUAAUCAGAUGAGCAGCCGUCUGAUGAGCAUGCGCAGCGCCAAUGGCUUGUUGAUGCUACCUCCAAAGACAGAGCAGUACGUGGAACUCCACAAGGGCGAGGUGGUGGAUGUCAUGGUCAUUGGACGGCUAUGA